AUGCGUAAUGCUCCUAUUUCGAUUCAUGUUUCCCACAGGUUGAACUUCAAACGGUUCACCGGUGGCUCGAGCGACUUCCCAUACGUGAUCAGCCUGUACAGCCUUGAACUCAUCGCGGACACGACGAUCGCCGCAGCUUCGAUAUACUACCUUCGCGCACAAGCAAGUCGGACGGAGAUCACCUCAACCAAGCACGUCAUCCACGCGAUCAUCAAAUACGUCGUGAAUACCUGUCUCAUUGAAGUCAUGUGUAUCAUACCUAUCCUGGCGCUCUGGACAGCAGACGCGUCGACGUUGGUAUACGCACCGUUCGUCUUUGCACUUGCUCGAGUAUACUCAGCAUCCGUACUCUGCUCGCUCAACAAUCGUGAGCAUCUCCGAGAACUCUUCAGCUCGCGCAGAAGCGACGGCGACUUCAUAUCCAUGCCGAACAUACGGGCACAGUCUGGCACCGAGGCUGCACCGCGAAGUGCAGGUUCGGAGACGCUCGCGCCGGCUGCGUUGGCAGUGACGUCCAAGAAGACCGCCGUGAGAUUAAGGAUGUACGACGAAGACGGGAGUGGACCUGUAGAUAUCGAUGGCAAGAUCGCUUUCGUAUGA